AUGCGCCAGAACGACGGACACUCCACGGGCAAGCGACGCAGCCAGCACCUCAUGGAGGCAAAGGCGUCCAAAAAGAGACUCCUAUGUUCGGAUAUAUUGGUGCUUCCAACCGAAAUUCUACUGCUGAUCAUAGACAACCUGCCGCUGCCAUGGAGGUUUUCUUUGGCUUUAACAUGCAAAUAUUUCACGGAACUGACUCAUAGAAGCGCCCUCCCGCGUCUCGAAGGCGAAGAGCUGACUGAAUUCCUUUUCACUUUGCAAAAGGAUAUUCCUAACACGUUUUUUUGCUAUUGUUGUCAUAAGUUGCGUCUGCUUGACCCCAAUCUCAAGUGGGAAAGCCAAGCCCAUGCAUGGACUCUUCGUGAUUUCCGGAAUUCAUACUGGUUGCCCGAUUCAUGCAAUGCCCAGCACGUCUCCCUUCCGGAAAAGUUUCGGCACUCCCUGUUCAGCACCCAAAUCUCCUUUAUGGAAGCCAAUUUGGUCAUGAGUCGACAUUUUUACGGUUUCUCUCAUGGUAUACCUCUUCAGAGCCUAGAACGAUACAAGUCAUUUGAGCAUAUCCUCGAAUUUGGCAAAUGCGUCAGAUCCCAUAAACCGGGAUGCAAGUAUCAAAGGUGCACCUGCUUCUAUAAACCAUGGAGGCGCAGUGGAAAGAAAGAUGUCAUAAGGAAUGGAAUCGUCGAUCCUAAAACCCAGCUUCCAGGAGAGAGUCUCGAAGCUUUAUCAAGGAUGAAAAACACCUGGAAAUUUUCCCUUCGAUACACGCCGAAAAUUAUUGAUGACAAGCUCUUUAUUGCCAGAUUUUAUACAAUAGUCGGACCUACAGUGUCUGAAGAGCACAUCAAAAGGCUUAUCAGAAGUAUGUCAAUACCAAUCUGCCACCAUCUCAUUUGCUCGGCCUACCCACCGUGUUGUUUACCAAAGCAAUACUCGUGCUCUUGUCCAUACAUUCGAUCAGCAGUACCUUAUCCUCAGGAUGAUGGAAAAGCAAUCGAAUUUGACCCAGAGCAGGAUUCGUGCCUAUUAUGCAGCACAGAUUACAACAUUACACUCAACCAGGGACCGAGCAACAACGAAACGCACUUGAAUAUAAGCAUUUACCAUUGUCUUGGGCCAUGCCGCUCCCCAAGCGAUAAACUUUGGGAUUAUUCCGCCGGACCCCUUACACCCUUCUCUCAGAUAGAACUUAAAUCUCGCGUUCCAGAAUUAGACCGUGGAAGUAUCCGGCGAAAAUGGCACGAAGCAGCAUGA